AAUCUCGUUUGUUUGAUUUUGAUUAUUGUGAUUGUGAAUGUGACAGUGAUUUAGACAGCCGCUAAAUAAAAAUUUUGAUAUUUUUCAUGGUUUGUCAGUCUUCGUGAUAUUAUACUUCCUUCGCUAUAUUUUAUUUUUACUACCUGGAGAUUUACACUCCUUAAUAAUCAUUAACUGUGAUGGGUUGCAAUGAUAGACUAAUACCAGCUCGGUUUCUGUGCCUUGUCUCUCAUCUAUCUAUGCUUGCUAUAAUUCUUUGGUCACGGGAAGAAAAUCUGAAAGCUUGCUUGCCGUAUGAUUAUGAGGAGUCAGACUUGAAAACGAAAGAUCAAGAAAUGUUGAUUGGGUUAUCUGCUGCCUUAUGCCUGAUUGGUUUUGAAUUGCUCGGCUUUCUCAGUGGCAUUUCAAUGUUUUUCCCAUGCGUGUCACUAACAUCUGUCGCAAGUCAUUCCAUCGCCACAAUUUUACUAUCCCAUUACGUAACGGAUGUCUGGGACUGUCAUCUGUACUGGUGGAUUUUCAGUUUUUGCAGUGUCAUUCCUGCUGCUUUAGAGCUAGUGGUUUCUUUCAGUAUUAUUCUGAAAAAGGACUUCUAAGCACUUUUUGAAACGGUGAUGAAAAUAACUACCAAAUAUCAAAUGAAUUUUGUGAUUCACUUUAAUGCAUUUUAAACUGGAAAUAUGUAGUCAUAAUCAGAAGCAACAUAAACAUGCCAGUAUGUAGUAUCUCAUUACUGAAUGCAGAUUCCAAAGAAUAUGCCUAUUACACAGCAUGUUCAUUUGUUUAAUAAUAAAAUAAUUACAGUAAAAUAAUACAUUCAGCUAGUUAUAAAUAGUAUCACAGGUACUUAUAAGUUUGUCCAUGAGAGGAAGAAAGAAGAGAUUUUUGGGAAGAUAAGGAGAGUAUACAAGUCAGUAAGCAUGAGUGAAUGUGUUCAUUGCUUAUUUUAAUAAUUGGAACCUAUUAUAUUUUUUUGAAACUGUGUUCCGUAACAGCAUACUAAAUUCUAUCAUACUACGCCUCUGAUGAUGACUAGAUAUUUAUUGUUAAAAAUGCAUUAAAGCAACUUGCAGAAGCCAUUGCAUCUUUGGUUUGUGCUUUCCAUCAGCUUGAAGAUGCUUUACUAGCUAUACACUAUCAAAUUUCAACUUCUAAAAAAGUACUCCAUGCUUUAAAAAAUGAUACAGGACAGCACCCAGUUGGUCUCAGCUCCCAACUCACCAUUCUUUACCCCAACUAGAAUUAAACAAGGAUGGACAAGUUUGCUGAUGUUUUGCGCUUUUUCUACCAUCAUGGGAUUAGCAAUUCCAAUGGGAUAUGGAAUAGGAGUCAUUAACACUCCCGCAGAUGUAAUCCGAGCCUGGUGUAAUGAAACCUUGCAGGCCAAUUAUGAUGUUGUGCUCACAGAUAAGAAAGAUUUAGACUUAAUUUGGUCUGUGAUUGUCUCAGUGUUUCUCUUGAGUGGAGUUGUUGGAAGUUUCAUUGGCGGUUGGCUUGCAAAUCUGAUUGGAAGGAAAGGUGCAAUGUUAGUAAGCUGUUUAUUGUCUACUGUGGCUGGUUUCUGUUUCCUUUCUCCAUUAAUUGUCAACAGGAUAGAGCUUUUGUUUGCGGGGAGAGUUAUUGUUGGACUUUCUGCUGGACUUGGCACUGCUGUUGUUCCCAUGUAUUUACUGGAAAUAGCGCCUACCAAAUUGCAAGGAAGUAUUGCUACUUUCUUCUCUCUUGGCAUAACUAUCGGUGUCCUCUUGGGUCAAAUAUUAGGACUGAAUUGGCUUCUAGGUGGAGAAACCCGCUGGCCUUAUUUACUGAGCGCCUACAUACUUUGUGUUCUCUUUUGCCUUCUUACUUUCCCAUGUCUUCCAGAAAGCCCAAAAUAUCUAUUUUCGGUUAAAAAUGAAAGACAAAGUGCCUUACAAGCUCUAUCCAGGCUCAGAGGACUACCAGCAGACCUAUUACAAUCGGAGUUAGAUUCAAAAGACACGGCAGAAAAUAAUUUUAACAAUGAAGAAAUUCAAACUUGGUCCGUUGCUCAAGUUCUCCGAACAAGGUCGCUCCUUUUACCGUUAGCUUUAGUCAUCGCUUUACAGGCUGGACAACAAUUUGCUGGUAUCAAUGCGGUAUUUUUUUAUUCAUCUGACAUCUUUAAAAGUGCAGGUCUUGAUGAAACCUCUCGGGAGUAUGCUGUGAUUGGAACAGGCUGUGUUAAUCUAGGAGUAAAUGUGAUUGCAGUUUUUACUUUAAAAUAUUUCACACGGCGCUUCCUAGUUCUGCUAAGCUGUUAUGGCACAGUAUUAAGCCUUCUUUUAUUGACACUUUGUAGUCACUACAUGCAAACUGUAAGCUGGCUACCAAAUGCAUCAAUAGCUGUUGUCAUGUUGUAUGUUUUUAUGUAUGGAGUUGGUUUGGGUCCUAUUCCUUAUUUUAUUGGGUCAGAAUUGUUUGCUGUUGGGCCUCGUCCUAUCGCAAUGGCUUUUGGAAGUUUUGCUAACUGGGGUGGAAACUUCCUUGUCAGUUUAACAUUCACAACAUUUUUCAACUAUCUCGCCGGAUACUCAUUUCUAAUCUUUGCUGGCUCCACAAUGUUACUCAGCAUCUUCAUUCAUGCGUAUCUUCCAGAGACAAAGAACUCUGUGGCGUCACUUUAAUAUUUGCCAUCAGUCUCUCAGUUUUCUUCAGUUAUGGUGUCGGUGCCAAUCCUGUUCCUAAUCUGUUUUGAAAUCGUGAUUCCAAUUUUUACUAGAUUUUCUAUCUUGUCAGUUUCAAGGUCCUCUGCUUGAUUUGACUUCAAAAUAAAUUGACGGAAGUCGAUGGAAUUAUUUUUCUGGAUGUCCAAGAGACAAGUGUACUGAAGAAUACCAUUUUUGUGUGUACUACACUUCCUGUCAACUUCUCAUGAUUUUUGCAGUCCUUUAUACCUACACUCUACGUCAAAGGUGCAAGUCCUUUCAUCAAAAGAUGAGACAAAGGCAGGGAUAGCUCCCUCACAAUUUGACUUUUUCCUAUGAAUAUACUACAAACAUGUUACUUUUCCAUUAUUUUGAAUUUCCUUCAAUGGCUGUAGCUCUGCUUUUUUGCAUCUGUUUUCUAAGGAAUUUUCAUUUGAGAUUGGACCGAAAUCAUGACAGGAGUAAGUUUUUUGCAACUUACCUGCUAAAGUCAUAAGAAGGCUGGAAAGGCUAAACAAACUGUAUCAACCAGUUUAAUAAUGGUAGUGAGGUGACACUUAUAAUUUCUGCAGCAAGUCAAAGUGUCUGCAAACAUUGGAAAGUUAUGGUCAAAAUGUGUAUCCAUUAAUAUUGUGUAAUCUCAUUAGGAAGAAUUGAAUUUUUUUUCUUAAGAUAAAUAUUUCUCCAUAUUUUUAGUCUUAUUUUCUAUUCGAAUUAAGAUUUUAAAAAAAAAUGUAACUUAGGUGAGAAAAACACAAAGCGCUGAGGUUCUUCGACAGCAUAGUUCCUAUUUUUAUGCUAAUUUACUGAUAGUUGAUUGGGAAAGCUAGAGGAAGGACUUCACUCGGAAUACUAAGAAAUUAGGUGUUGGCUAAAUUUUGAUAUUAUUUGAUAUGUUGUCCUUGCAAUCUCUUGUACAAGAUGAGCCUUUAAAAUUUACCUUUCUGUGCGCUGAUUUUGAGAAAAGGGGGGCUAAAAAGUUAAUUUUAAGGCCCUCCUAUUUGCAUCGCCUAAUGGAGAUGAGGGACUGUUGCUAUGUGUGUGUAGACGCUGCGCUGCGUACUGUUAUCAUUUGGAAGGAUUUUAUUCUUUUUGUCUGUCAUAUCUUCCCCUCCUGCGAGGAAACAAAAGCUCUCCUUGAUCCACACUAAGAUAUUGCAACGUUCCCUUUAGUUUUUCGGUAUAAUGACAUCAAAAGAUUCCUUUUUUUGCUCCGUUUUUCUGGAGAUUGGCUUGUAGAAAGUUUGAUUUCAAAAGCUCAUCAGGCUCAGAACGCCGGCAGGAACAUCAUAGCAGAUAUUAUCGAAAUUUUGCGGGCACCGAAUUUCUUAAUAUUUCAUGCGAAGUCUAUUUUGCUGAAAUCUGUAAACACCCUGUAAGAAUUGAUUGAAUCAUAAAAACAAUGCAGUCUCAACUGCUUGCUUUGUAACAUUGGCGAAGCAUGAAUGAUCGAUUAUUGGUAUUUCCCAAUUUGAAGCUACGGUAGAAAAUCGAUUAUCAAGGUGUUCGUUGCGAACACCGUGUUUAUCCAUCCUUUUCCAAAGGUUUAAAUGGCAGAUCAAUCGAUUUAUUGCAAAGCACGCCAUGAGACCGUUCUGUAAUGCUACAAGAAGACUUCCCCUUUUCAGGGUAUUAAAAAAGGAGUUAUUUUGUGUUCCCUGUCUGUGUUAUUAAAUUUUUAAAAAUUUUUGCCUCUCAUAAUUAUGUAUUAAAGUCCAGUCAAAUUUCUGCUACUUUUCUAAAUUCUCUAAUAUUUGGUGAAGAAAUUGGCAGUAAUUUGUCAAAUCUGUGAGCAGGAUGCACUGAACUGAUACACAGAAACAUAUUUACCUCAUAAUUAUAAUAUAAUACUAUAUUAUAGAGAAGCACAAGAGAAUUAAUGGAAAGGACAGAAAUCUCUUGCUUAAGUAGGAAUGUUUUUAAAAUGGAUCCCCCCCCCCCCCCCCACAUACGUACCAAUGUGUUGGAACACAGAGAAGUUUGAAAAACUUUCUUCUUCAAUAGGAAUGGCGGCUGCUUUUCAAGUUGUCCAGAUAUUAUUUCAAAAUGUUAGGAUUUCUUUUCCCCCCAAGUUUAUAGAUGCUCUGCUGUCAAACCACUGUAAUCUUGUCACUGUAGCCUUAUUUUGAGUUAAGAGGUAUCAUCUUGUCUUUCAAAUCAUCCAUUUUGAGUGGCCUUGUUUGCUUUUUGUCUUUAUAAUCUUUUUGUUAAUUUUUGGUACAAUUUUUAUCAAUUAUUUUUAACCUCUCAUAUUAUGUUUGUACUUAACUUUUUUAUUGAUUUUUUAUUACUAGAUUGAUAUUAGGUGCCUAUUAUCAAGACCUUAUUUUCUAUUCUUGGAAAAAUUUAGGCCUGGCUCAUGUACAACGUGAUGCACUUGUACAUGUUUUUAUAUUUUGUCAAGUCUUCAAUGCUAACCUGCCUUUGUAGAUUAUGCAGUGGGUUUGUUGCGCACAAGAGAUAUAGUAAACUGAGUAGAUUCUUCGCAAGUAAAAUUACACAAAAAUCCUAUUCAGCACAUCAAAAAUGUUUGAAAUUCCCUCUCAAAACACAAUAUUCACAGUUCGUAACAUGCAUUUCUGAAUUCUCUCUGUCUGCAGGCACCUUUUUCCUGUGGCUGGCAACCAGGUUUGCCUCGAGACAGAUGUGUAUAAAAA